UGUUAGUAAAUAAAUACAGAUUAAUAGCAGCAUCCGUUUAAUUUAUGGGUGUUGUAAUUUAGGACAGGAGUUGUGUUUGUGGUUACCAGUGUGGCACGUGCGUCUAGUUGGAGUCAAUGUAGAUGCUGUCAGACUUACUAUUUAUGGUAUUUUCUGGAAACAUACAAAAAAUUAUGAUUUAAGAGUUGUUUGGAAAGAAUGGAAUGUUUAUUUGCAGUUGUGAAUGCAAAACGAUGUCAGGAAUUGAGACUUGAAUUACAUAACAGACAACUGUUACACCCAAAGUUACGAUCUGUGAAACAUUGUGAUGAAGUUGGAAUUCCGGUGAAAGAGAAUGCGACAGGUGAUAUAGAUGUACAGUGUUUAGAUGAUGGUUCUUUUGUACUGAAUGGCAUUCCAUUCUGCAUAGUACAGAAGAAACUUUAUAUGCCAUACCCAACAGUACAGAGACUCAUGCAAGUUGUUGAGGCUCUGAUGAGAAGCAAAGGACUUUGGCAAGAAAAUCUUGUGGCUGAAAUUCCAACUUCAUGGGAGAAGUAUGGGGAUUUACUUCUCUUUAAUAGUAACAAAUACUUUAAGAAUCCAGCAUGGUGUGAAGCAGGGCCAGAGCUUUGGACAAAUGUGUGUCUAGUUCUUAACGGAAAUCGUGUUGCUUUAAAAAGUCACAUCUCCCCAGAUGGAUUUCGCACACCAAAUGUUCAGUUGAUGUGGGGUGAAUCAACUUGGGUGGACUGUGUGGAUAAUGGAAUCAAGUAUAGUUGGGAUGUAACAAAGAGCAUGUACAGUGCUGGCAAUGCUUCGGAGCGUCAUAGGGUUGCCAGGUUCAGAUGCGAUGGUGAGGUGGUUGUGGAUAUGUAUGCAGGGAUUGGUUACUUUACUCUUCCUUACCUUGUUCAUGCUGGUGCACUAUUGGUCCAUGCCUGCGAAUGGAAUCCAGAUGCUGUUAUUGCUCUAAGAAAGAAUUUAAUUCAGAAUGAUGCGGGUGGAAGAUGUAUUGUACAUGAAGGAGACAACCAAAAGGUGCAGUUGUGUCACAUUGCAGACAGAGUAAACUUGGGAUUACUGCCAUCUUGCGAGGCUGGCUGGCAGGUUGCUUGUAAGUUUCUGAAGUCAUCUGGUGGAAUGCUGCAUAUACAUGGAAACAUUAUUUCAGGUAUUCACAAGACAAAAAUUGAGGCUGGUCUUCAUAAUUAUGACCACGAAACAGAUAAACUUGCAUUGUGUAUGAAAUGCAAAUGUAUUCUCUUAAGUGCAAAACCCAAGAAAUUCCUGCAUGAAAGUUGCAAACAGUCUUUUGGUUUUGAUGGUGUUGAGUUGUUCAUAGAGGACAGUUUGAUUAGUUGGAAGAAAGUUGAGUGGAAAGUUUGGGCCCUCCAUGUCUCGCAUUCUAUUUGCAGCAUUCUUAAUGGAAUACACAAAGUUGUAUGGAAAGUGUCAGUAGUGCAUCUCCAUCGCAUUAAAUCAUAUGCUCCACACAUUGAUCACUUAGUUUUGGAUUUGUAUUGUCGACCUUUUGUGCGAUGUUGGAAACCACAUGUCCUGUGAUCCACUCAAGGUAAAUUAAAAUUACAGUAGUGACUGGUGUUUAGGUAACAGGAUGAAUCAUGGUUUGUUUUGAAAGUCUGCCAUUAUUAGUGUGAUAUAUGCCAUCCUUAUUUUAAACAACAUUAAUUUGUCUCGUCAGGAAGAGACCAAUUUUGAAUCACAGCAGAAAUGAGAAGAUAAUUUAAAAAAGAUAUCAAGAAAAAAGCCUGAUCUGGUUGGAAUAUCUGAUUCAUAUUUUGGAGGUAUGAAUCUUGGUUGAGACCGGCUAUCCUGCAAGUUAAGUUUCAUAGUUUUUCUCAGUUCUGGUGAUUGCUAGAUUGGUACCUUGAAAUGAAACACAACCACUUCAUCUCACAAUUAAAACUAUUCAUUAUUCAUAAUCAUGCUACUGUAUAUCAUUUGAUACAGCAUAGCCAUAAAAGUUAGCGGACCAUCGUAAAAUAACUAAAUAAACAAUUGAUGAAAUAGGUUA